AUGCGGAGAAGGACUAUUGGGACAGUGAUGCAUUGUUAUGUCAAGGUUUCGGCACUUGAUUUGGCCGCCAAGAGAAAGACCUAUUGUCGAGUGUGGUUGGCCAUCAAGUUAGGUAAAAUGGUGGUUGAUACUGGUACUGGUAUAGUAUCCAAAAAGUUAAAAAAGUGUCAGAAGUCUGCAACUGAGCGAGAGAAAGGAAGAGAGCGUGUGAUUCUCACUAGCCACUGCCCUUUUAGCUUGGCAAACAGUGCACACGCACAAGAAGCCCUCUCGUUCAAUUAUUUGGUCAAAGUCUCUCUGUCCCAUCAGCUUCUCUUUCAGCGUCACCAGGAAAAUGUUGUGAUUUGGACAUCAUACUUUACUAACAUUUCAGGCUAUAAUGCUAACAAAAUUGAAGACAGCGAAGACUGCAAAUUGCGUUUGAGGCAGCUAGCUAUAGGGGUGCCUGAUACUGACAUCCUACCCCCCCAUGAGUGGUUAAUGCAAAGCAAAGCAAUAUCUGAGAAAUCUAUCAAAAUUACCACAAAAAUUCCCCAUAGUGGUCCUCCUCGGUACAGGAUUUACGUGCUGGGCAAAACAUAG